GCUGGGCAGCAGCGAGCGCAGACCGGCGAUCGAUGCCAAAGCACCCAACACGGUAUCCAUGGUGGAAUUCAGACUCCGAUCAUGACUCCGCUCUGUGAUACCGACGGAAACCGCGCACAUACUACCGUGUAAGUUUGUGUCGUGCAACCUUCGUCCCCGACACUGCUGGCAUUUGGGUGUUUCCGUGGGUACAUCUCGCCCGUAGAGUUCUACAUCAACGUGUGCACGUGAGACCAUCGUCAGUGUAUUGGCAUACUGCCACAAAAAGGCACCGCCUUGACGGCUGUCUGUCUUGCGUGCAUCAAAAAAGGGGAAAUUGCUCUGACCUUGAAUUCAUGAAGCGCAUCGACCACACGUUUUGAGACUCAGUUGGAUGCGUUAGUUCGGCGCCGGAAGUUACACAGGAUACGUCGUCCGUCAAGUGUGCUUCACAACGUAAGCGAAAGAACCAGAGUGUUGUUGCUCUGCUUUGCCCUCCGUUAUUUUCCGCUUUCAUGAACACAAAGGCGACAAAGGUGCAUCGUGCCGCAAUAACAGCCCUAUGCGCAAGUGUAGAAAUGAUACAGGUACGGCUCGUCUCCACGUGGGUACUGUAGACAGGUGGCGUCGCGUUUGAGAGCUGCUGAUUGGGAAGCAAAUCACGUGGGAACGGAACGUCAGGGACCCCGAAGACAGAGAGACAGGCGCCCGAACGUAAUGCCACCUGCGAGGAAUCGUACUAAAAGCUACGCUCUUCCAGCACAGAAAAUGACUGAGCAACGUCCCGAGACGUCAGAUGCCUCUGAUGAAGAAGGUACGCUGCUCGGAGAGGGCAGCGAGCUCGCCUUCUCAGAGUUUGAGGAGUACGCCGACAAGGGUGACCUUAGGAGGAACAAGCAAGAGAUCGUUCCGCUCACGAAAAUCCCGAGUGUACAGAUCGUUACAACAUCGACUGAGCAGCUAACAACGACCCUUCAGAAUGGAGCAUCGAUGACCGUCCAUGGACCAGGCGAUACCUUUGUCAAUGUACUUCCAACCCGGCCAACCUGCAGGGCAGUCUAUCUAGAAUGGAAAAAUAUUUCUUACAGCGUCAAAGCAAAGAAAGCAAAGAAGACGCUCCUGCAUCACAUGUAUGGCAAAACAGAACCUGGGACACUCACCGCCAUCAUGGGACCUUCCGGAGCUGGGAAGACAACUCUUUUGAACGUGCUCGCUGGACACAUAGAGAAAGGUUACGACGGUGAAGUUCAAGUCAAUGGCUGGGUGCGGGACACUCAGCUCUUCAACAAGCAGAGCUGCUACGUUAUGCAGGAUGACUGUCUCCUUCCGGAACUCACAGUGAAGGAAUCGCUCAUGAUGAGUGUCGAACUUCGAAUGCCAUUCAUUCGGAGCAGAGAAAAACUGACCAUAGUAAAUGAAUCCAUGGCGCGUUGGGGCAUAGAAGAAUGCCAGAACACGAGAGCGGGAAAUCUCUCUGGCGGGCAGCGAAAGCGACUCGCUAUUUCCCAAGAGCUUAUCAGCAACCCACCUGUCAUAUUCCUGGAUGAACCAACAACAGGUCUGGACAGUAAUUCAGCUUUACGGUGCGUCCAAGUCAUGAAAUCAUUGGCAGCUUCGGGGCAUACCGUAAUAUGCUCUGUGCACAAUCCGAGCGCGAAGCUAUUUUCACAUUUUGAUAAGCUGUACAUGAUAUCAGAAGGCAUGUGCAUUUACAACGGUCCAAUCGACAAGUUGCUGAACUUCCUAAGUGCGCAGAACCUGCAGUGUCCGCUCUACCAUAAUCCUGCGGAUUUCAUCACAGAAAUAGCCUCUGGUGAAUACGGACCAAUCAAGGAAAGACUAGCAAAAUCAUUCACACCUGUGGGCAUUGAUGGGCCCGAAGAUAUCAACUUCGACCAUCCUGUCCUCACUAAGUAUGGAGGAAAGAAAAUGAGCAAACGGGAGCAAGAAGAAGCGUGUGAAGAGUUCAACGUACGGAUUAGCACCUUUAAGCAAUUUGCUAUCCUAGCUAGGCGGUGUUUUCUCUGUUUAACAAGAAAUAAGGUAUCUGCACACCUUCGCGUCGUAGCGUACAUGUGCUUCACCGUGAUGCUAGCGUUUUUAUAUUACGACUUCGGUGACAGCGCUACUAAAGUGAUGAACAACGCCUCCCUCCUCAUGUUGUGUAUUUGCGUCGCAUUGUUCCAGUCCAUUAUGCCUACCGUCCUAAUAUUUCCAACUGAAAUGAGUGUGCUAUUGAGGGAACACCGAAAUUGCUGGUACAGCCCUGCGAACUAUUACAUAGCAAGGACAUUAGUUGAAAUGCCUUUCACGAUAUGCUGUCCGAUGCUUAUGAUGAUCUUCCUUUACUGGAUCACAUCGCAACCUCCUGUCCUUUGGCGUGCAGCUACGGUGGUUUGCCUCGUCAUUCAAGUGGGGUCGGUAUCACAGGGUUUAGGGCUUGUGGUGUCAGCCGCCAGCACUGUGCAGACCGGCAUGUACAUGGCCCUUCCUUCAGCAUCUCCAGCUUUUCUGUUCUGUGGCUACUUCGUGAAAGUGGACUCUGUUCAUGUGAUAUUUCGGUGGGUCACAUACACGUCCCAUAUUUACCACGGUCUGCAAGGAAUGUUCGCAGCAGUUUAUGGCUUUGGCCGUCAACCUCUGGACUGCGACGAGGAUACGUUCUGUUUCUUCAGUGAACCGGAGGAAAUCCUGCACGAACUCGGUGCUCAAAACGUAUCGCUGGUCAACAAGUUUGUCGUUCUCCUCGGAAUGGAUGUGCUUUUCAGAAGCAUUGCUUUAAUCAUUCUCCUUGUGCGACUCAGGUUAAAGCGGUAGUUCUUGAUAGUGAGAUCACCUGAGCGAAAUGAUCUACAGCUCUGGCGGGCACACGGAACGGUUUACAAACAGCAUUCGGCGAUGCAAUUUUAGCUGACGGUGAAGUAAGACAGUAUGUGUAGUCAUUGAGAUGCUUGCGUGAAGAACUCACGUAAACCAAGUAGUUUGAUCUGACCUCGGUGCAUAAACCUCCUUCCGGAUUGGCAGAUGUAGUCGCGAUCAUGGUACAUCAAUCAGGGAACUGGGGAAGUUUGGCCAGAUGCCUGACCCAUUGAGUUCGAUCGAGCACUUUCUAGUCUUAUGAAGCUAUAUACACAGUUCCUCUGUUUUGCCUAGCACGUUACCAAACGUCUCUAUCUAUCUAGUAGGAUUUUCGGUUGAUGGACACUUUUUAAAUAAAUAAAUAAAUCUGUCAUCUCGAGAAAUGACAAGCAACUAGCCAGACCUGUAAAAAUUACAUUUCAGAAGUAAUUGAAUUACGAUUACAACUACAGUUGCUCUGAAAAAUAAUUGAGACUGAAUUACAUUCAUUUCAGCAAACGGUGUUUUUUUAGCUGCACCAGAUUUUUUUUAAAAGCUAUGAUAACAGCAUAGGUACCAGUUUUGCAGUUGGGUUAUACGGCCAGGUGGACAUCUUCUUCAAGAGAGUAUUUAACUACAAGAAGACUAAUUAACUAAAAUUCAUUAACUCAUUAAUUACGGGCUUUCGGGCAAAAGUGAGAUAGCAGGAUGAGAAAAAAUCCUCGUUGAAAGCCAUUCUUUUUUUUUCUAAUCCUGAAACGUACACGUGGGUACGUCCAUUCAAAUAUCCAUAGCCGAAGUUCGCUGUGCAAAUGAGCACAAACCGAAACCAUGCUCCUCAGGAGCGAUGGGAGCACAGCGCUCAUCCCACGUCAGAGGGUCACGUGCUUAGCGGUGGAGAUGAUAGGAGCCAGUGCUGAUCUGCUGGCCAAAUCAACCGCUUUGCGCUUACCUUACCUUACCUUACCUUACCUUACCUUAGAUAAGGCGACGCUAAUGAAGAUCGUAUGCUACUAAGGCACACGGUUUUGGUUUCGACUCAUUUGCAUAGCAAUAUUCGGCGAUGGAUAUUUCAAGGCACGUGUUCGUUUCAGAAGUUUUGGGAAAUUGAGCGGAUUCCAACGAGGAUGGUGUCCCAUUCUGCUAUCUCGAUCGCUUUUGCACAUAAGCCCCUAAUGUAACAGUUAACUAAUGAAUUAUAGGUGAUUAGUUAUCUAGUAGCUACAUACUCUCUUCGACAGCAUGUCUGCCUGGUCGUAUAACUGAAAUGCAAAAACUAUAUUUAUUUGCUAGAAAUAAUUAUUACUUCGAAUGUAAUUACUUACAAUAAUUGAAUUUCUUGCAAUUAAUUACUUUACAGGUCUGACAACUACACAUGCUCGCGAAUGUAUCUGACAGAGCAAGACUACGUCACGGCGCAGUGAUUUGAGAUAUGCGCAAUUUUACAGAGUGGCAUCCGAGCUAGAGGAAUUUUAAAUAGGCUGCCGUGGCGUUCUGCGUCGCAUUCUGGAAGCAGUUCAGCUUUAAUGCAGGUUAACAAAUCUCUUCCGGUUGUGCUUGGAUUCCAGAAUUUACGUCACAUUCACAAUUCACGGUCACGCUACAGGUACAUAUGUGUAUCUGAACAGCACAUCACACUACGACUACGCUUUAAUGUUCUGUUUCCGUCCCCGCCUUGUAGAACCACGUCGGUGAUUUACGUGGUUACAUGCUCUUAUAUCAGGACAGAAUGUCAGAAUCUCGACAUUGAGACCGCGAUUGAGAAAAUCUGCUGGCAGGCGUUGUGUACAUAAUAGUCCUUUAAGAAGAAAUCUUCCCGGGAACAGCACCGCAAAGGGUACUGUCCCGACGACCGUUUUAUAGGCAUUACCUUUUACCGCGCAUAAUAGACCUUUUACAAUAUCAAGCGCCACCUGUGGCACGCAAGGGAACUUCAAGCGCCUUAUAGCAUUAUGAGAUGGCCAGAGACGGAGGUAACCUUCCCAUUCAGCGUCAGCCGGGGUACUAUGGGCCUGUUGCACUAAAGUUUCGUCCGGCGACCGCAGCGCCAACUGUCCUCCUCCAGUGUAGAGCGCCCUUACUAGACGGUCGUGUCCGGCGUGUUACCUGCCUUACCGCCGUACCAGGAACGUUAUCUCUUUUGUGGAAAUCCUUGCGCCACGAUUUUUCAGAGCCGCAGUGUAGGUGAUACAUGCCUGUAUACGGAAAAACCUCCGGCUACGCGACCACAAAUAGCGCUGCAGAAUACGGUUCGGAGUGCCCCCAAACGUUGUAAAACAGACCCAUGCCCAAGCCAUAACCGAAGCAGACGACGGAGCAGUGUCCCUCAAUGUUCCCAUGCUGCUUUGCGCCGCGUGCUUGGUGACGCGCACAUCUUCGUAAAAUCGUCUAUUGCAGUUUCAUUAGUAUACGUCUGUACAGUUUCGGUUCAUACUACAAAAUCAGAUUACGUUAGGUUCGCAAAACACGAGAUAUCGAGUACCAGACGGUGGGUCGCCAAAACGGGCCCGUUUGCCCUGAAAGUUAAACAAAUAUUCCUUUUUAUUGGCUCAGCAGCUGUCUCUGUUCAAAGGAAGAGGAACGAAAAUAGGAAAAUGUAAUCAAAGGGCAGCCAUGUUCAGGCUAACCAUAGGAUAUAGCUGCUUAUGGUUGCUCCAUCAGGGAGGAUUUACAUGCCUCAGCAUCUUCACGUCAUAGUAUGAAACCGUAUGUCAUUAUCUUGUUAUGUAUAACGAUAUUUUUUGCGAAUGUUGUUCUGAAUGCAUUAAACCAAAGAUUUCACUUGA